CACUAGUAGUAGUGUUGGGAGUAGAGGAGGAGCAGGAGGAGGGGGGAGUCCCGCUCGAAGCUGCUCCGCGUGUGUUCCUCUGUUCGGGUCCGCCUGGGAAACUUGCGCUCGUGAGGGAACGACCCCGGGAAAAGCGACCGUUGGGAGAGUUUUCACCGUCAUGCCUGCGUGUAUGCGCGGCAGAGCGGGGCAGCGGACCCGGGGGGAUGCUUGAACCACUUCGCUGAACUUCCAGACAACUUGAACACUUUGUUUGUUUGUUUUAUUGUGGUUAUUUACUCGGAAACCGAAUCAAUGGAGGGGCACGCGGGCGAGCACGACAACAACAACAGCGGCGCGAGCGACGACGUGCGGCGGAGCGGCUACCUCCGCAAGCAGAAGUCCAUGCACCGGCGCUACUUCGUGCUCCGCGCCGCCUCGGAGCGCGGUCCGGCCCGCCUGGAGUACUACGAGAGCGAGAAGAAGUUCCGCGGCAAGGCCCCCGUCCCGAAGCGGGCCGUGGCGCUCGAGACGUGCUUCAACAUCAACAAGCGGGCCGACGCCAAGAACAAGCACAUGAUCGUGCUGUACACCCGGGCAGAGAGCUUCGCCGUGGCCGCGGAGAGCGAGGCGGAGCAGGACGACUGGUACCAGGCCCUGGUGGAGCUGCAGUGCAAGGGUAAAAAUCUCACUGACACCAGCGCUGCAGGGGACUAUGGAGCACCCAAUCCUGGACCUGCAUUCAAAGAGGUGUGGCAGGUGAAAGUCUGGCCCAAAGGCCUCGGUCAGGCGAAGAACCUGGUUGGCAUAUAUCGUCUUUGCCUCACUGAGAAGACGGUCAACUUUGUGAAGCUGAACUCUGAUGCUGCCGCGGUGGUGCUGCAGCUGAUGAACGUCAGGCGCUGCGGACAUUCUGAAAACUUCUUUUUCGUAGAAGUGGGACGCUCUGCGGUGACGGGCCCUGGCGAGUUCUGGAUGCAGGUGGAUGAUUCGGUGGUGGCCCAAAACAUGCAUGAAACUUUGCUGGAGGCCAUGAAAGCACUGAGCGAAGAGUUCCGCCAGCGCAGCAAGUCCCAAUCAAAUUCUGGUCCUGGUGGAGGGGCUACUGCUUCUAACCCUAUCAGCGUUCCCUCACGCCGCCACCACCCCAACCCUCCUCCCAGUCAGGUCGGCUUUCUCCGCCGGCCCCGAACUGAGCCUCCUGGUGGAGCAGCAGUUGCCAGUUCUAGUGCAUCUCCCACACCCAGGCACAGCUUUCCAAGGUCUCGCACUGCCAGUGAUGGAGGAAGAGGUGAUGACGGGAUAGCAGGGUCUACUCCGACUCAUGGUGUGAACUCAAGUCCUUCCACUAAUGGGUCUUGCUCUACCACCCCGAUCCUCAGAUCAAAGUCAGCACGUUCAGCCCCAUCCACAAACGCUAAAACUUCUUUUACAUUGAUGCGCUCCAUUUCUACGCCAGCGCCAUCCCCUGCUCAAAGCCUAUCGUCCAGCUCUGGGCACGGCUCUGAGUUUGGAGGUAUAACAUCGGCCAGUGCUGUCCCAGUGCCUGGUAAAUACAGUCGUGUGCCCUCUAACCAUACCUCUGUCUCAGGCUCACCCAGUGAUUACGGCUCCUCAGAUGAAUAUGGUUCCAGUCCUGGAGAUCACACAGUUCUCCCCUCCCUGAGCCUCCCAGGAAGCUCCGCUGGCAGCAUUGGUAGCCAGUCUAUUAGUGAGGAAGGAGCCAACUAUAUCCUAAUGAGCCAACGUGGUGGUAAUGCUGGUGGCAGUAACAAUCAAGGGAGCUUAAUGCCUACUUCUCAGCCUUCUCCAGGAACACUAGCCAGCGGGUCCCAGCCUCAGACUAGAAGGGUGCUUCGACGCUCCUCCAGCCGUGAAUGUGAAGCUGAACGAAGGCUGCUGAGCAAGCGCGCAUCUUUGCCGCCUAUGGCUCUGGAAAGACUAGCCCCACGUCAGCGCAGAGCUGAGGAGCCUGCAGAUGAAGAUUCUGCCGAUUAUGCUAUAAUGUCAAGGAGCACCAGCCGAGAAUCCUUUACUUCUCCCUGCUCUUCUAUGCAAAGAGAAUCGGCCUUGGGUGCUGGUGUUGGGGGAGAAGGGUACUUAGAUGUUGCAGGGGAAAUCAAAACUGAAGGUGGCGCAGGAGCAGUUGGUGGAAUAGAUGUAGGGGUGGACAAUGGGUACAUGUCCAUGCUGCCAGGAAUUACUCACCCUCCUGUGUCAUUGUCCCAAUCACUAGCUGUCUCUGUUCCUGAGUUAGACUCCAAGCCUGCUGAUGACUAUAUGGCCAUGACGCCUAACAACAGCGUGUCUCCCCCACAGCAAAUUAAACCUCCGCCAGUUUCUGAUGGCUAUAUGAUAAUGUCUCCCAACAGUAGCUGCUCGCCAGACCAGCGUGGAGGCCUCUCUGAAGGUGCUUGGGUAGGCAGUGGCAGUGCAGACAGCAGGGCUGGCAGUGAUUAUAUGAACAUGUCUCCAAUUAGUGCACCUUCUGUAAAUAGCAGUCCCCCAUCUUCUGAGCACAUCUGCCAAUUAGAAACUAGUUUGCAACAACCCCCAAAGAUGGUGUAUUCUUACUACUCCCUUCCUCGGUCAUACAAGCAUAACCCCACUACUGGGCACUUUGAUGAUGGACCUGGACGAGGUCGGAGGCCCAAUGGAAGUUGCAGGGAAACAGGUGGUCGAAGAAAUAUUGGAGGGCAUCAGGAUCAACCAGUAGGCAGCACAUUGGGUGGACGGCAUCAGUCACUCUCCUCAUCCUCAUACUCCUCCAGCUCAGCCAGCAAUGAGAGUCUCGGGGAAACCGAGGAUCGGUCUACUAAGGCAUUGAGUAAUGUGGCAAGUGAAUCUAAGUCCAAAGAAGGGAGCAAGGUCACUCAGAGACGGGGCUCUAAUGGGUUAUCAAAGCAGGGUAUUCAUACUAGAAGCAGACCAGUGAGCCUCUUUGUUGAUGUAUCAAAGGCUAACACCCUUCCUAGGGUCCGUGAGAACCCCCUACCGCCAGAACCUAAGAGCCCUGGUGAAUAUGUAAGCAUUGAAUUCAAGGGGGAGAAGUUUUCCCAUACUGGAGUUGGAGUAGGGCGAGGCAGAGGCCUGAGGCAUGGAUUGUUGCUGCCUCAAAGCUCAAGUAGUCAGCAUCCUCAAAACAGAACAACUUCCUGUGUAGGAAACUUUGUACCCCUCUCCCAGAGUCCUUCUACCCCAGUCACUCCCCCAUCUGCUUCUGAGUAUGUCAACAUGGACUUGGGUCCUUCUCCGUCUCCUUCACCACAUUCCCUUACCCCAUUAGUUUUUCCCCCUUUCCACACCCCUCCCACACCUCCAGUUCUUGCUCAUGCCCCUAAAAUUGGAAAGGAGGGUCCUACUAGUCUUCAUGAAAGGUGUUCUGAAGUGGCUGAGACCCCUCUUAGAAAAAGCAGAGAAAGUGUUCCAUCAGUGACCGAGUCCAAGUCUCCUACAACCUGCGGGGACUACACAGAGAUGGCCUUUAGCCUGAACAAUAACACUGUUCCUCAAACGUCACCCAGUGUCUCCCCCAAAGUUCCAUCUCCCACCAGGACGGACCCACCUGUUUCAUUGUUGUCACGAGGUCUAGAUUUUCCAUUGUGUAAAUCAGGACCUAACCCCGACCAAUGGGUUAAAGUAAUCCGCGCUGACCCCCAAGGACGCAGACGGCACUGCUCAGAAACCUUUGUUGCCUCACCUUCCCUCCCCACUUCUACUUCUACGUCCUCUUCAACUGCCUCCCUCUUUCCGGAACAUACCCAGGCUGCAACCCGUCGCCUUGGAUUUGAAAGCAUGUUGUGGGGGAACGGUGCUGUUACCGAUUCCUCCACCCAAUCGCCACUCUCUGGAAACAAUCAGACUUUUUCUACAGAGCAAGGUCUUAACUACAUAGACUUGGACUUGGUCAACAAAGGGAGUCCCCACGCUGGCCUGGAUGGGUCCUCAGGCAGCCAGCCCCAGUCACGGCUCUUCUCCGUAGUAGGCGCAGGUUCUGGAGUUGGGGGAGUUGGCGCAGCUGCCAGUGGGAGCAACUGUUCGAGCCUCAACACGUACGCCAGCAUCGACUUCUUCAAAUCAGAGGAGCUGCGGACACAUCAAAACGGAAACAAAGAGGGAACAGAGUGCUGAUGUCAGCGGGUCGUCCUUAAGAAGACAAUCCGGUACCACUCAAAGCGCUUCAACGCUCCACUUUUCCCUUUGUUUUUGUGACAACCAAGCACAUCAGAGAGCAGCUGGACCGGAUGCGACCCCUUAAGCACUUUGACAGAACUGAUGGAAACCUUUUCCUUCUCAUCGUUUUCACCUUGUUGGGGGAUCAAACCGACAGGGAUGUGUGCCAAACGACGCUCUUAAAAAGCUAUCAGCUGCUCUCAUUCCUUAAAUGAAAGCCAAUCACAGGGCGGUACGAAAUAAAACUCGUUUCUCUCGUUUGUAAACUAAUUACAAAUGGUACAAAUGUGCUUGACUCGUUAAAAAAAAAAAAAGAGAGAGAGAACAUAUAGAAAUAUGUAAAAGUGCCUCGUUUUCAGAUUGUACUAUUUUACCAAGAUCUAAUUGAAGCUUUAGGUUGUAUAUAUAUUUUUUUUAUUUGACGUUUUUACAAAUUAAGUUGCAGCUGAAGGUGCUGAUAGGGGUAGGCUUUGUUUUGUCACUGCUGCGUUCAUGUCAUACAGGAUUUUGGCGUUAAAAGUUUGUUGCGUUUACGUGUUCGACGA